CCCCGCGCGUGGGAGGGCGCGGACGAGCCCCCCGAGGAGCCGCCGGGUGCCGCGCGCGCUCGGCCCACGGAGGAGCAGCGCCGCACGGGCCGCGCUGGCCCCGGCUCUCAUCAGCGCCAUGCCCUGUGGAGAAGACUGGCUGAGCCACCCGCUCGGGAUCGUGCAGGGCUUCUUCGCCCAAAAUGGAGUUAAUCCUGACUGGGAGAAGAAAGUUGUUGAAUACUUCAAGGAAAAGCUGAAGGAAAACAAUGCUCCUAAAUGGGUACCAUCACUGAAUGAAGUUCCUCUUCAUUAUUUGAAACCUAACAGCUUUGUCAAGUUCCGUUGCAUGAUUCAGGAUAUGUUUGACCCUGAGUUUUACAUGGGAGUUUAUGAGACGGUUAACCAGAACACAAAAGCACGAGUUCUUCAUUUUGGAAAAUACAGGGAUAUAGCAGAAUGUGGGCCUCAACAAGAGCUUGACUUAAGCUCUCCACGCUGUACCACUGCAGAAAGACAGACCUUCUACUGUGUCCCAGUGCCUGGGGAAUCUUCAUGGGUCAAAGAGGCCUAUGUCAAUGCAAACCAAGCUCGAGUCAGUCCCUCAACUUCCUAUACUCCCAGUCGGCACAAGAGGAGUUAUGAAGAUGAUGAAGAUAUGGACCUACAGCCCAAUAAACAGAAAGACCAGCAUGCAGGUGCCCGGCAGGCAGGGGGCCUUGGGGGCCUUCACUGGUGCGGAGAGCCGAAACGCUUAGAAACUGAAGCUUCUACUGGGCAGCAGCUGAACUCCUUGAACCUCCCUUCCCCCUUCGAUCUGAAUUUCCCCUUGCCAGGAGAGAAGGGCCCUGCCUGCCUCGUUAAGGUCUAUGAAGAUUGGGAUUGCUUCAAAGUCAACGAUGUUCUUGAGUUAUAUGGUGUGCUGUCUGUGGACCCUGUCCUGAGCAUACUGAAUAAUGAAGAAAGGGAUGCCUCUGCACUCCUGGACCCCAUGGAGUGCACAGACAUGGCAGAAGAGCAGAGGGUACAUAGUCCUCCAGCUUCGUUAGUGCCAAGAAUUCAUGUGAUUUUAGCCCAGAAGUUGCAGCACAUCAAUCCUUUGUUACCCACUUGCCUUAACAAGGAAGAGAGCAGAACCUGUAAGUUUGUGUCCAGUUUCAUGUCCGAGUUGUCUCCGGUCAGAGCAGAGCUGCUUGGAUUCCUCACUCACGCGCUCUUGGGAGAUAGUUUGGCCGCUGAGUACCUUAUCCUGCAUCUCAUCUCAACAGUAUAUACAAGAAGAGAUGUUCUUCCACUAGGAAAAUUUACAGUUAACCUGAGUGGCUGCCCACAAAAUAGUACCUUCACAGAACACCUAUAUCGGAUCAUUCAACACCUUGUUCCAGCAUCUUUUCGUCUGCAGAUGACGAUAGAAAACAUGAACCAGUUGAAAUUCAUUCCCCACAAAGACUAUACAGCCAAUCGAUUGGUCAGUGGUCUCCUCCAGCUGCCCAACAACACGUCGCUGGUCAUUGAUGAAACUCUUCUAGAACAAGGGCAGUUGGAUACCCCAGGUGUUCAUAAUGUGACUGCCCUGAGCAACCUGAUCACCUGGCAGAAGGUGGAUUAUGACUUCAGUUACCACCAGAUGGAGUUCCCGUGCAACAUCAACGUUCUCAUCACAUCUGAGGGGAGGUCACUACUCCCGGCAGACUGCCAGAUUCACUUACAGCCCCAGCUGAUCCCACCCAACAUGGAGGAGUACAUGAACGGUCUUCUGGCGGCCGUGCUGCCGGCUGUGCUCAACAAGUUCCGCAUCUACCUGACCCUCUUGAGGUUUCUGGACUACAGCAUAUCAGAUGACGUCACCAAGGCGGUUGAAGAUGAUUUUGUGGAAAUGCGUAAAAAUGAUCCUCAGAGUAUCACAGCUGAUGAUCUCCACCAGUUGCUCGUGGUGGCUCGGUUUCUGUCCCUGAGUGCCGGUCAGACGACACUGUCCAGAGAACGGUGGCUAAGAGCAAAGCAGCUGGAGUCUUCCAGGAAGCACAGGCUCCAGCAGCACAAGUGUGUGAACGGGAAUGAACUUUAGAAGAGGAUGGAUGGGCCAUCUGUAGCCUCUGGGUUGUACAAUUCAGAUUCGUUUAUACCAUAUUGUUUUAUAAAUAAUUUGUAUCCACAAACAAUGACUUCCUGAAAUCAAGCCUGAUGAUGUCCAAAGUUUAUAUGAUUCUCUGUAAGGGCUUUUACCUUACUGGUUUUAUGGAGUUUUGGAGUUUGUUUUAUAAUUAGUUAUGAUGUACAAAGAUGUAUUUGAUAUUAAAGGUUUGGUAAUGAUAAUGUUGCUGAUCAUACACCAUUUCCUUAGCCAUGAAUGCAUCUUGGGCCAGACUCUUGAAGUGCCAGCUUCACCUGAGGAGUUACUGGAAGAGCUGUGCACUCAUUUCGGUCUGGUCUGUGUGUGUCUAGGGGAUGGACUUGCCAUUGACUCCUGGGAACUCUCUAGUGUCAUUUUCCACAUAUCUGGCCACAGGAACUCUUUCUCACUUACCAGCUAUUAACAACUGCAGAAUUAGGCUUUUCCACGGCAGGAGUUCCCAACUUUUGGAUUUCAUAGACUAGUAUACCUCCAAAAAUUUCUGGUGUAGAGUUGCCAAUUGAUUUUGCCAAGUCAUUUGGAAAAAAAAAAAAAAUCACUGUGAUCACCGUUUUGUUUUCAUACAAGGACACUCUGACAAGAGACUCUUUUGAUGGAAUAAAUGCAGCUUUGUGAAGGUCACUCCAUUGUCCUUAGCUUUUCUCAUACCCUGCAUUUGGGAACUAUCAUUUUAAUGGACUCUGAAGGGAAUGCUUCCCCACGGAACCUUGUCCAAACAUGAAAAGGUCGAUUUAAAUUGUAAACUUUGAGGGGGGUUAGAAUCUUUCUAUGGUGCUGUGUAUUGAACCCUGGCCCCUCGUACAUGCUAGAGAAGUACUAUACCACUAAACCACAUCCCCAGCCUGUGGGGGGUGGGGACUUUUGGUCAUUUUCCUCAUUAUUUAGCUGAUUUGAUGAUUGUACUGCAUUUUGAACUUUUAAUGUGAGUUUAUCAGAUAGUUUCCAAGUGUGUUAGAUGGGUAACAUCAUUUGCUAGUGCAGUAAAGGCCCAAAGUUAAUAGGUAGGUUUUCCUCAGAUCUAUUCAUUUUGAGAUGUGUAUUUUCAAAUAAGCAAAAGUUAUUACUUAUAAUUUGCAAAUUAAUAUAGUAUAAUGGUAAUUGGUUUUUUUUUUUUUUUUUUUUUUUUUUUUUGGUUUUUUCGAGACAGGGUUUCUCUGUGUAGCUUUGCGCCUCUCCUGGGACUCACUUGGUAGCCCAGGCUGGCCUCGAACUCACAGAGAUCCGCCUGGCUCUGCCUCCCGAGUGCUGGGAUUAAAGGCGUGCGCCACCACCGCCCGGCGGUAAUUGGUUUUUUUUUGUUGUUGUUGUUGUUUUUUUGAUUUUUCGAGACAGGGUUUCUCUGUGUAGCUUUGUACCUUUCCUGGAACUCACUUGGUAGCCCAGGCUGGCCUUGAACUCACAGAGAUCCGCCUGGCUCUGCCUCCCGAGUGCUGGGAUUAAAGGCGUGCGCCACCACCGCCCGGCCGUAUAAUGGUAAUUGUGGCAACAAUAAUCUUCAGAAAGGUUAGAACAUUGCUUUUAAGCUAUUUGUGAUGUACAUGAAGAUGGAUUCAUUUGAAACAGAUGAAUUCAGUGGUCCCUUAUCUUUUUCCUAUUAAAGAGGCUUACAUCGACAUUGUUAACCAAGGAAACAGGGUCAGCCUUGAUAAAUCAAGGAGUUAGCCUAAUGAAAGGAAGUACAAACUACUAGUUGUUCAGCAUUUUUUUCCUAACCUCAAAUCUAUUUUUAUAAGCUAAUGUAAAUAAUGUUCAUAUUAGAAUUCUAACUGGUUUUCAUUUUUAUAACUGGUAGAUAAGAUCUUCCUUCAACCUUUGAAAAUAAAAUGUUCACAUAGAUUUUUGAAAAUGCAUUUUCUUUGUCCUAGAACAAAGUUUUAGUUUAUCGUGUCCAACGGUACCAAUGUAAACUAAUUUGCCAAAGAGAAGUCAUAAUUUUGCUUGAUCUUACAGAAAAGUUCCCUUGAGUAACCUUGUCUAGUAAAUAAAACUUCCAAAUCACCA